GGCGCGACUCUGAAUGCAAACUGAUGACGACGAAGUCUCGGAAGUCACAUUGCUAAUAAUGAUUGUUUUUUCCAGAAGAAAAUCCAACGGUACGGAUACUAUGAAAACAAGAUCCCAUGAUGCUGCACACUCUUCUUAAGCCGAGGUCGCUGCUUAGCCGCAGGUUUUCUCCAUGGCGGCAAUGUCUGUCUACCACCGCCUCAGAUCCCCUGAGAAUACUCUUCUGCGGCUCCGACGAGUUCAGCUGCGCAUCACUCAAAGCCGUAUACGAAGAAAAGAACAAAAACAAGAACCUGAUAGAGUCGUUGGAUGUGAUGGUCUUGCCCCCGAAACGGGUGGGAAGAGGCUACAAGACCAUCCGCGAAGUACCCUGCAAGGUGUUGGCAAAAGAGUUAGGGCUCAAGAUUCACCAGCGAGAAACUUUUACUAAGUGGGAGCUGCCAGAGGCGACAAAUCUCGUCAUCGCUGUCUCAUUUGGAUUGUUUGUUCCUCCCAGGAUACUGAGGUCAGCCAAAUAUGGAGGUCUCAACGUGCAUCCAUCCCUGCUACCUGACCUCCGCGGCCCGGCGCCCAUACAUCACGCCAUCUUACGUGGUCAUCAGUGCACCGGAGUCUCGUUGCAGACAUUGGAUGACAAGGCAUUUGAUCAUGGCACCGUAUUGGCCCAGACAUCGUAUCCCGGAAUACCAAUACCGCCGGGAUCAACUGUCCAGGAGCUCACCAACCAACUGGCCCCCAUUGGAGCUCAUAUGCUGGUACAGGGCUUACGGGACGGCGUGUACCUCCCCCCGCGUCAGUCAGCAGGAUGGAAAGCCAAGGAGCUCGACGGCGAGGAACUGGUGCAUGCCCCCAAGGUCAACAAGGCUGAUGGGCAGAUCGACUGGGCACAAUGGACGACCGAGGACUUUGCUCGUCGAACUCGGGUCCUUGGGUCGGUAUGGACACGCGCAGUUAACAAAAAGGGAGAUGUUAAGCGGAUCAUCAUUCAGGAUACCGAGGCGGCUCCUGUUGAUAACCCCAAGACAACUGGCGCACCGCUGUCCUUUGUACAGAACUUCGGAGUGGACUCAAAUGAUUCGCGGCAUGAAAGGCUGGUCAGCGACCUUGGUGAUGGAAGCUGUCUUAUCCAGCUCGCCAAUGGAGAGCAGAUCCGAGUGAAGAGAGUCAAAGAGGAGGGCAAGCCUGAUCGCGAUGCCGCUGUCGUGCUCAGGCCCUAUUCCACCCAAUGGGCGUGAAUCAGAAUGGCAGAGGCAUGUUAUUCUGCAUAGUAUGUGUCGCUGUUGUGAACAUCGAGUGUUGACAAGAGCACAUGCAUGUGGAGUGAAAUGAUCAGAAUUACACAACAAGAUGAUCAAAAGCGGCAUGCUCACCAGUGAUGAGUUGAACCUGAAAGAAAUUAUUGAUAGACACUGGAUGGGGCAAGUCUCUGCCAGUGGCUCGCUGGGCUGUGAAUGCGGUAUUGCGGCUAAACAAGAAGU